UGAUCGUCGGAUCAGCUGACCAGGGGCGACCGGAAAAAGAGAUUCCUGGGCUCCAGCGUCCUAGCACGAUGAGGUUCCGGUUCUGUGGUGAUCUGGACUGUCCUGACUGGGUCUUGGCGGAGAUCAGCACACUGUCCAAGAUUUCCUCUGUGAAGCUGCGGCUGCUAUGCAGCCAGGUACUAAAGGAGCUUCUGGGACAGGGGAUUGAUUAUGAGAAGAUCCUGAAGCUCACUGCUGAUGCCAAGUUUGAGUCUGGUGAUGUGAAAGCCACGGUGGCAGUACUGAGUUUCAUCCUCUCCAGUGCAGCAAAGCACAGCGUGGAUGGUGAAUCCUUGUCUAGUGAACUGCAACAGCUGGGGCUGCCCAAAGAGCACGCAGCUAGCCUGUGCCGCUGUUACGAGGAAAAGCAAAGUCCUCUGCAGGAGCACCUGCGGGGCUGCAGUCUGCGCGUGAAUAGGUUGGCAGGAGUUGGCUGGCGAGUAGACUACACCCUGAGCUCCAGCCUGCUGCAAUCUGUGGAAGAGCCCAUGGUGCACUUGCGGCUGGAGGUGGCAUCUGGCCCAGGUGUCCCAGCACAGCCUGUUGUCAUGUCCCUGUCAGCAGACAAGUUCCAGGUCCUCCUAGCAGAACUGAAGCAGGCCCAGGCCCUGAUGAACUCCCUGGGCUGAGGAAAACGGUGUUCCAAGCCUGUGUGGAACUGCCCUAUCUGUGUGGAGUCGCUGCCCUCUGAACUCCAGGAUGCGGGGGCCUGGCCUGUACCCUUGCCUCACAGAUCCCUGGCUGCCCUGCCUCCUGCUUGAGAAUUCAGCACAGGACUCCCAAGGACCUUUCCCAGUAUUGCCUUCUCUCCCUGUGAAAGGCACUUGUCAACUUGUUUUCAUGAGCGGGAAGAAUAAACAGAAAUAUAAAGAAGUGUA